AUGGCUUUGUCAUGGAAUAUUCGACUCAAGCGUAAAUCAUGGUUUAGAUUCGUCGUACCAAUCAUUGUUCUGGGUUUAUUAUGCUACGGUACAUGGGCUUACUGUCAUAAACUAUGCUAUGAGCAAGUCGACAAAAAACUCCAUCACAGAUCUGUCGCUGUUGGUCUCAUAUGCGUGGUAUGUUUCCUAGACAUAGUUGUGAUUUUUAUAUGGUUUCAAAUGGUUCUUUGGAUCGGUCCAGGUAUCCAACCGCAGGUAGCACCUUUUCUAAUUGUUCCCGUAACUUCUAAAGAGUUGACUAGCGACGAUUCCCAAAAUGCUUCAGUAGAAUACGACGCCGUGAUUCCUCCAAAGUGUUACCAGUCCGACCCUAACGGAUAUCCGAUAUGGUGCAGUCCCUGCCAAAGUCUAAAAAUGGAACGAAGUCAUCACUCCUCAGAGUUAGGUCACUGUAUUCCUCGGUUUGAUCAUUACUGUGUGUGGAUAGGAACCAUCAUUGGUAGAGAUAACUAUAGACCCUUUGUUCAAUUUACUGGUUAUUUUUCAAGUCUUUUACUGAUUAUGUGGGUAUCCAUCUGCGUUUUUAUAAGGAAUAUUACCCAACAUCAUCACAAUCAUAAUUCUCCUUUAAAUGCGAAUGUCUUCUUGACGUUGGCUUUCGCCAUCUUCGGAUGGUUGUUCACCACAAGUAUGUUAGCAUCGAAUAUUUUUUACAUGUGUCAGAACAAGACGUACUUAGAGGCAAUCAUGGAUAGCAAAAGGAAAAACUUCGGAACAAGAAAGAUAUUUUGCUACUACUCGGAAGCCAACAAAUUGCGGUUUGUGGUAGAGUUUGAGAGGACCGAGUUUCACUCCUUCUGGAGUAAAAAGACAAUCUUCGCCAACAUAAAGGACUUCAUGGGUCCUAAUAUGCUGAUGUGGUUAAUCCCUUUUGGUAAGCCCUUAUCGUUUUCAUGCAAAUCUAACGACAAAGGCCGUCCAUUUCGAAGUGGUGAGAGAACUACCUUAGCGGAAAUACUGGGCCCAUACGAAGAGUUCCUUAGUGAUUACACCAUUCAGGCCAUUGAAGACAAGAUAUCGAAGGGUAACUAUUUGGCUACUUUGCGGGCUUCUGGCGAUGUCAUCAAUCCUGAUUAA